AUGGCUCAUCGUCCCCGCUUGGAUGACCCAUCCGUGCUGGAAGCUCUUCUGACGCAAUAUUCUGCGCCUGACGAUCUGGCCGCCAAGCUCAAGUCCGCCGGGUACAAUACCCUUUCUGCAUUGGUCUUUGCCGCCCCGGAGGUCACUGACGAGCCCCAGUUGUUGCGCAGCCUGCUGUCCCUGCCCGCUCCUUCGGAACUGACUACACCUGCGUGUUCGGCUGUGCGUCGCCUUCUUAUGGAAGCGCGCUUGCUCCUGCCGGGGGUGCCGCCCGCCUCGCCGGCGGCAGCCUCCGCAUCUCCGGCUGUUCCGCUGAUGCCGCAGCCGGCUGUGCCCAGACUCACUUCGGCCGAAUUGUCCCAGCUCCGCACUGAUUUCGCAGCUGCUUACCCCGGCGAGCUCCUGAAUUCCGCCACAACGCCGUGCCUGGAGAUGUGCUCUGCCAUCAAGCACCUACAUGACUCCUCCUGCUCCCCUUGGUUGCCCUGGCGUCAGCGUGCAUCUGAAGCAGACCGCGCUGCCUGGUCCGAGUCCCGCCGUCCGCGCUCCGACGGUCAACUGCUCCGGGCGUUGCUCGCCGAUGAGUCUGAGCCGCAGGGUCCGACAUCCGCUGCGGGCCUCAACGGGCCGCUGGAGUCCGUGCUGCGACGCAACCUCUCACUCUUUGCUACCGCGUUGGCGAUGACGAAGAUCACACAUUUGAUCACCAUCAAGCGGUUCACGGAUAAGUUUAUCUCCACCGCCCUGGCGGUUCCGCUGGAUCCGUCGCUCCGCCCGCCAUCGCUCAACGAGAUCUUAGCUGCGGACCGGGCGGUCUGGAUUUCCAUACAUGAACUGGUUCGUGACCACGCCUGGUCCAUUGAGGACGCCCUCAAUGAGAUCUCCACAUGUCGCCAGGACAUUUCCGCCCUCCUGCAGCCCCGUCCGCGUCCUGCUAAAGCCACUGCUGACCCUAAUGCCCCUAACCCCCGCACCCCUAACAACCGCCGUGCGGACCGCUCCCGCUCUUCCCGCAAUGAAGAGGCUCGCAAGCCCGCGCCCAAAUUUAAGGGCAAGGGACGCGGCAGAGGCAAGAAUGAUGCCACUCCUUCCGUGCCCGGCUUCGAGGCGUCCUGGUUUGAGAAAAUCGGCAAGCGUGAGCUGUGCAAGCGCUAUGCCAUAGGCAACCCAGUGCCCCUGUCCUCCGAGUCAGAAGACGAGUCGAACCUAGCGGAUGCCAACACCGGUUCUGCAUCCUUUAAUAGUCGCACUGCCCUCGCCGCACCGGCAUCUGCGGCCCCGUGCAACACAGCGUUUCCGCCUGCAGCCCCGUGUUCUGGCCGGGCGCAACCGUCUCUCACAUCACUCAGACCAUUCCUGUCCGUGAACCAUGGUCCCUCCUCUGCCAAGGGGCCGGCACGCCCGACCCCGCCGGGCGUUUGCGAGCAACCGGCUCCGCGCUGUUCCCAACCUGGCGUGCCCGUCAUGCCUGGUCCGCCCUUUUCUUCGCCGGCACGCUCGGUCGCCCCGAGUGUUUGUGAGCAACCGGCUGCCACCUCUGGUCUUGACUCCGCUUCAAUUCAUCGCCACUCCCCGCCGGCACGCCCGGCCGCCCCGGGUGUUUGUGAGCAACCGGCUUCUGAUUUGUCCAGCCCCUCACCGGCCCCGCGUGCUUCACAGGAUGGCCCCGUGCCUCACUGUCGCCCCAUCCCAGCUGUCCGCAUGUUUCUGGACCUGUUCGCUGGAUCCUCGGCCCCCGUUCACAACGCCGCCCGCCAACUCCUCUUGGCGUGCAUGGAGCCUGUGGAUGUUCUGACUGGCUCUGCCCUGGAUGUUUCGGAUGACGUCACCUACGCUGCGCUUUGUCGGCUGUGUGCUUCCGGCCUAGUUGGUGCCUGCUGUGCUGCACCGCCUUGUUCGGCCUACUCGCGCGCGCGCCUAGCAAAGUCGGGCCCCCCGCCAGUGCGCACGCCGUCUUUCCCAUUGGGCCUGGCCGACCUUUCCCCGAGACAGCAGCGGGAGCUCAAUAUGUCAUCAUUGCUGCAUCAACGCACACGCAACCUACUUUCUCUCGUGGCUACGCGCGGCGGCAUCAUUUUUCUAGAGAAUCCCUCUACCAGUUUACUCUGGCUGGAUCCUCAGGUCAUGGCUUGGGUCCGUGCGUUUGCUCCGUUCGGAGCGUCCGUUGCUUCUUGUGCUCAUGGCCUGGACCACAAGAAAUCGUGGCUGUUCUGGUCUAACCGGCCAUCAGUUGCUGCUCUUGCUUCCGUGUGCCCACACCUGCCCGGCUACCAUUGUCCCCAAUUGAGGCGACGCACUGCAGAUGGGGGUUUCCUCACCAGAACAACGGCUUGUUACCCGCCCUCCCUAGCCAGCUCCAUAGCGUCCCUCUGCGUCCCAUUCGUGUCAAUUGAGGACCGCGGUUACACACUGGCAACGUGGGUUGACCUGUUGCCCGCCCGCCUGCCCUGGCCAGCAUAUCCAUUCCCGGUGGAGGAUGGUGCUGGCACAGGCAGCACUGCCUGCCAUACCCGCCCACAAACUGACGACUACUUCAAGGCCCUGCGCCACGCUUGGUCUGCCCGCCUGGCCCGCACCGGCCUGGUUCCCAAAAUAGUCACCGCGCUGUCCUCCGGAUCUAAAUCCGCACCUUUGUCCGAAGUCGAGCUUGCCCCGUUCUUCCUCGACCUCCGCGAGUUUCUGCAAGUCCGCCAGGACGACACUUGGGCCGCAUUGAUGUCGAUAGACGAGGGCCAACCAUUCCGCCUCUCUCUCUGGCAUACGCUCUCCCUCAUCUUCAAAGAUGCUGAUGCUGACUUGUUCGCUCACUUGCACGCAGGUGUUCCCCUGGGUUUCUCCGCCCCUAUUCCCCCGUGCCCGCUCCUGCAAGCCUCACAUGCUCCUCCCCAUGCGGAAACAGAGCUCCGCCAUUGUGAGUCCGCCUGGAAGUCUGCGUUAGACAACGCUGAAAUUGUUGACGAACUGCUCCAGCGUGCCGGCUGGAUCAUGGAGGUUACCGGGGGUGAUGACGAAUUGAAGCGGAGAUAUGCACACACCGCUGUCGGCAAGCUGGGGUUGGUGCUUGCCGAGGGCCGCCCACCACGUCUGGUGGUCGACAGCUCCAUUUCGGGCGUUACUGACGCCACGCACUUGCCCAAUCGUUCCGCCAAUCCGACCCUGCUGGACAUCCGCCGCUGCCUCCCGCUUUCCGAUGCCCGCGAGCGCUUGGUCGCCCUGGUGUUAGAUGUGAGCAAAGCACACCGCCGCCUCAAAAUCUUGCCUGCAGACCAAGGCCUGCUGUGCUUCCGCCACCGCGGCCGCCUCUAUCAGUGCAAAACCUUGAACUUUGGCGCACGUGCUUCUGGUUUUUACUGGGCCCGUGUGGCUGGCCUGCUUGUCCGCCUCGUUCACCGCUUUUGGUGGGUCAGCCAUUCUGCCCUGAUUUACGUGGAUGACCUUAUCUCCAUCCUCGAAAAGUCAUCCGCCCCGCUACUUGCCGCUCUGCUGGUUGUUCUGCUUCAAAUAUUGAAUGUGCCGAUGAGUUGGCAUAAAGCCAAACUUUCUGCCUCGGUCAUUUGGAUCGGAUGGCAGUUGGACUUUCGCACUUUUACUGUCCGUCUGGAGCCGGCCAAACUUCAGCGCCUGUUGGAACUGCUUCGACAGUGCUACCGCUGCACGAAGUUAUCAGCCACCACGUUGGAAAAGCUCACUGGUAAGCUGCUCUGGCUUUCCAACCUUUUCCGCGCAUUCCGGCCGUCCCUUGCACCGCUGUAUCAGGACCAAUACUGCCCUCCGCUGGUACAUGUUGCCCUGUCUGUGCAAGCUUGGGAACGCCUGCAAUCCGUGCUCUCCAAUGACCUCCGGGUAAUCGGGCCUUCAGGCCUGGCGUCCGCCCCCUUAGGCAGCCGCUUGUUCCGUGUGGCCCAGACCGCUGUGCUGACUAAGGAAGAACUGCCUCAGUUUCCGCCGUCCGCUCGGCGUCUCUGGGUCCAGAUCUCAGACCUUACACACCCUGACAGAGUCGUCUCGGACGCCUCACGUGCUGUGAUGGACAUGUGGCUCCAGAUCUGCCGCUCUGGGACCGACUUCAAAUCUUUAUUGCUGUCACCUCAUUUCGAAUGUGAGGCCUUUGCUGACGCAUGUGCUGACAGUUCUUCCGCCGGCCUGGGUGGCUUCGUGCGCCUGCCUGGGGGGCAAACUCUUUUUUUCCAGGUCACGUUCUCUCAAGCGGAGCUUCAUUCACUGUUUCCGUGGUUCCCGCCCGAUCAUUCACCGCAACAUUACAUUGCAGCCUGGGAACUUCUCGCUCAAUGUGCCUUACUGCACCUUCUAGCCUGCCUACUGCCUCAAGGACAUCCGCCUCUGCAUGUCACGUUUCGUUGUGACAACUCCGCGACGGAUGCCGCGUCCUGGAAAGGUCUCUCGCUCGCUACGGGCAUGUGUAGCCUGCUGCGUUCUUUCUUUCUCCUCCAAGAAAGGCAGUACACAUCGGUCCAUAUAGACCACGUUCCGGGGUUCAAGAAUGACCUGGCAGAUGGUCUUAGCCGCGGCUACGACGCCCAGCUUCUGGGCUUCUCCGAGUCUGCACGCUGCCAAAUCCCUUGGUCCGCUCUGCCUUCAUCCUUUUCUUGUCAUACAUAUCCUCUGGAGCUGGAUCUCUCUGCUUGGCUGGCGUCUGCUUGA